CAGGACAGGUACGGUCACACGGCGUGGCACUAUGCCGUCGCCGCCAACAGUCCGGAGUCUCUGGAGCUGCUACGAUCGCACACGCCCUCUACACUCGUUGUCCAGGCCAUUGGGCAGUGGACUGAUGGGCCAAGCGACGUCAAGGCCCGGCUCCCUCUCGUUGAGUACAACUUUGCCGAUGUCCAUCCGUCGCCCAGCGCUGUCCUCUCGGCCGAUCGCAUGAGGGUCAUGAACGGCGGAUCGUGGACAUCGGUGCGAGCGACGCACGGUCCUCCCAUCGCUGGCUCGGAGUGGCCACGGUCGUACGCGUACGAGGUCGAGAUCCAAUCGUCGAGCAUCAUGCAAAUCGGUUGGGCGACCAAGAACGCUCAAUUUGCCGGCACUCAAGGAGUGGGCGAUGAUGCCCACGCGUGGGCGUGGGACGGCUGCCGCAAGUCGAUCUGGAACGCCAAGGGCGGGGCGGCAGCCAUUCUGGACGACGUCGCGGCGACGUGGUGUGAUGGGGACGUACUCACCUUUUGUGUCACCUUCUUGAGCGAGGCCCCGAGCGACCCCGCGGCGGACAACAUUGGCGCCCAGAGCACCAGCGAGGCCGAGAUCAAGCGGGAGCCGCGGUUCGUUCUCUGCGACUUUAGCGUGCUGGUCAACGGACAGGACGUGGGCAUCUCCUCGCAGACCUCUCUCGAAGUGCCGGAGGACAACACGCUCUAUCCCGCACUGUCGGCCGAGCGCAUGCAGCAGGUGACCGCCAAUUUUGGAUAUUCGCCCUUCCGGUACCCUUUGCCGGAGGGCUACCUCCCGGUGGCUGCCCUGUCGCCGGACACGCUCGCUGCCGUGCAGGAGCUCCACCCCGCCUUGCUCGGCCUCAAGGUGGAGGUCGGGUCUCCGCUUCACUGGGCGGCGCAGUUGGGCUACACAGACCUGCUGAAGGCCCUGCUUGACCCUCACAAGCAAAACGCCUAUGAUCUGAAACGAUUGCUGCUGGUUCAAAAUCCCGAGGGCUGCACCCCCGCUCUUGUGGCUUGCCGCCACGGCCGGCUGGAGAGCCUGAAGCUCCUGCUCUCGUACGACCCUGCGCUGACCGACGACGACAGCGACGUCGCUGACAAAGUCGGCUCGGCCACGGGCAAGGUCAAGUACGAGCAGCUGCAGGUGGACUUCCACAAGAAGACGGCGCUCAUGCACGCCUGCGCCGCGGGCCAGACCGAAGUGGCGCGAUUCUUGCUCAAGCGCACCAAUGCCUCAUUGACCGAGGUCGACGACAAGGACUUCCUGGUGACCAACUACGCCGUGACCAGCGGCAACCUGGAGCUGAUCGACCUGCUCAUGGCGGAGGACCCCGAUUUCGCCGAGCGGUCUUCGAGCAUCCUCUCGCCGCUGUUCUACGCAGCGCGACAGGGCUACGUCGACGUGCUGCGCCACCUCAUCGAGAAGCACGGCAUCGACCCCUCCGUGCGAGACUCGAAUGACCACUCGCUGCUGCACACGGCGGCCUACAGCGGUAAGGUGGAGGUGAUGCAAUUCCUGCUCGACAAGGGCUGCUGCCUGGUCGACGACCGCACCACAGCCGACAUCACGCCCGUCCUCUGGGCCUGUGACGGGUGUUCGGUGAGUGGCGUCAAAUAUCUGAUCUCGCAGGGAGCCAAUAUUCGCGACAAGGCCAUACGGGGCAUGACCGCGCUCACCUUUGCCAUCAGGGGCAGCAACAAGCAGGUCGCCGAAUGGCUCAUCGAAGAGCAGGGAUUUUCGGUCAACGAGGCGGACGAUGAGGGAAACACGCCACUGAUCCACGCCUGCAAGCACAGCGAGCUACCGUUCAUCAAGUACCUCAUCUCCAAGGGAGCGAAAACGGACGUGCGCGGCCAGCACAACUACUCGCCGAUGCACUUCGCAGCAACGCAGGUCAACCUCGAGGCAAUCCGCUACUUCCUGGAGAACGGCUACGCCCAGCCCAACGAGCUGAGCUCCGACGGAGAGAAUGUGAUGUUCCUGCUGGGCUUCUACGGCGGCAAGAAGGAGGACUCUUUAGAGCCGAGCAUCGAAACUCUUACCUACCUCGAGUCAAAGGGCGUCUCGCUGGACAAUGUCGACAAUACUGGCAAUCACCUCCUCUCUGCGAUUGGGUCUGACGACCGGCUCGAUGUGGUCAAAUGGCUGGUGGAGACCAAGGGCAUGCCCGUCAACGCGGCCAAUUCAGAAGGCACCCCGCUGCACUUUGCCGUGUUGCGCAAGGCCACAACGAUUGCUCACUAUCUCAUUUCUCGGGGUGCCGACGUGAACCUGAUCACCAAGUCGGGAGACAAUAUUUUGAUCUACGCGGCGCUCACCGACAACCUUGAGCUGCUGCAGCAUCUCCUCUCGCCCCAGUUCAAGGGGCUCAAGCUCUCGAUCAACGACCCCAACAAGGACGGAAUGACCCCGCUGCUGGUGGCGUGCAAGAGCGCGUCCCUGGAGGUCGUCGAAUUCCUCGCCUCGCAAGGCGCGUCGCUUGACCAGGUCGACAAGCUCAACACGUCAUGCUUCAUGAUCGCCCUCCGAGGCGGAAAACAGGAGACGGUCGAGUGGCUGUUGGGCCGCGGCUUCAGCAUCGAGGAGAAGGACGAAGAGGGAAAGACGCCGAUCUUCUAUGCGGCUCUUCACAGCGUCGAGCGAGUCAAGCGCCUUCUCUCCCUUGGAGCGAGAGCGUCGGUGAAGGACAACCUGGGGUACACGCCUUUCCUGAUCACCGAGCAGGCCGAGGUGGUCAAGUACCUACUCGACAACGACUACGCGUCCAUCCAUGAAACCAACAACGCCGGCCAGACUGCGCUCAUGUUCGCCGCCACCAACGGAGAUAUCGACCUGUUGGAGUACCUGCUGAGCAGGGGCGCUUCGCUCGACGAAAAGGACGAGAACGAGCGUACGAUUUUCAUGUACGCCGCGUCUGGCGGCCACUCCAAGAUGAUCAGACACCUCAUCGCUAAGGGUGUGGACGUGAACGCCAAGGACAAGUCAUCGAUGACGGCCGUCUUCUACGCCGCAACGAACAGCUUGCGAGUGGUCGAGCUGCUCGUUGUCAACGGCGCGCGGCUGAACCUGAGGGACAAGGACAACAAUUCGGUUGUGCUCAACGCCUGCUUCUCGGGCAAGACCGCCAUCGUCAAGUACCUCGUCUCAAACGGGCUGGCGUCGGCGGACGAUUACAACAACCAGGGGAUGACCGCCAUCAUGCUGGCGUGCAAAGGCAAGGGCAACCUCGAGUUGGUCCGGUUCCUCCACGAACACGGAGCGCUGGUGGACGACGUGAGCAAGUCGGCCACUAGCACGCUGAUUUAUGCCGUCGACGCGCAAAAGUCCGAUAUUGUCUCCUACCUACUGGCCAACGGCGCCGAUGUGAGGCGAAGGGAAAAGAACGGAAAGACGGCGCUGUUCUUUGUUGUCGACAGCUUGGAGACAGGCCGCGCGUUGGUGGAGCACGGGGCCGACAUCCACGUCAAGGACGACACCGGCAAGACCUGCCUCCACUUUGCCUGCUUCAACGGCCACCUCAACUGGAUCCGCUACCUCGUCGAGCAGGGCGGCAAACUCGAGGAAUGCGAUAACUCUGGGAUCAACUCAAUUCUGGGCGUGUUGGCCUCGCGCAAUCCGGAGGCCUGCGCCUACGUUUAUUCGCAGCUGUCCAGUCUGGACCUCGCGGGCAAGGUGGCCAACCUCAACCAGGCCCUCUUCGACCCUCUGUUCGAGACGCUCAAGACGAACACGACAAUCCACACGCUCAAUCUGAGCGACAACGGGUUUGACAAUACAAUCUUGCCGCGCCUGCUGGACCUGCUUGAGUACAACCAGCACCUGGCGCGGAUCAAAUUGCUCGACAACGCGUUGGACGUAGACGACCUCAUGACCCUCUUCGAAUGCAUAGAGCCUGAGGAGCAGCCCAAGACCGAGAGACUGAAGGCGUUCGGUUGUGCGACCACCGCCCGAAACUUAGCCUACCGAGCGAAAAUCAUGAGAACUGCAUUCCAGAUGCUCAUGGCAGCGCGCAUCCUGCUCCAGCCCCACCCGAUCACCCUCUGGCUCGAUGACGACCCGCUGCCAUUGGAGGUGAUCGAAAUUGUGGUGCGACAGCUCGACACCUACGAGACUCUCACCGACAAGGAGAAGAGCGCCAUCAUCGCCUACGCCUUUGACAAGGAGAAUCUGGGGAAGGACAAGUGGUACUUCCUCAAGACGUGUCUGCCCAGGUUCCUCUUCGACAUCGGCACCGACGACGAGGACGCCGCCCAGGCCGCGCCCACCCAGCCCCCGCAGACGGAGACCCGCGCCUCAACGACGGCUGGUAUGGAUGAAAACGAGGAAGAGUGGGAGGACGUGGACUUGGCCUCAUUUGUGGUGCCGAUCCUGUCGCGCCUGCUGCGGUUCAUCAAGCGCUCAUGA